AUGGACCCUAUCAUCGAUCUGAGUUCUUGGAUGGGCAAACCUCCCGAGAACCCCAACCCUUCAGGCGAGCAAGAUGAACAAGCGCACAGCGACGAUUCUGGCUCUCAUACACAAACUGCCUCUUCGGUGCCUGAUGGCUCGGAUAGCGACGGCGAUAUCCUACACGAUGACCAAGACAGCCCCAAGGGGCAGAGCCGAGUGACGAUUAGACUCGGGCGACGACCAUCGUCGCCAUCUGAGACGGAGAAUGGCCCGGCACCCGGAGUUGCUCCAAGUCUGCGACAGUCCUUCUACGUCGAAGUACCUAAGCUGCCGGAUGAGGACAAGCAGGAGUACGAAUACCUGCCGGGGCAUUUCUCGGUACAGAGGAUCCUGUCUAAGAGCAAGAAAGGCAGAUACUUGGUCAAGUUGGAUAGCGGCGAGGUUGAUCUUGUGUCUUCCCGUGAAUUGCUUGACCUUGAGAACGGAUCAUUGGCUCUUGAAAAGUUCAAAUCAAAUUCAUCCUCAAAUCGAGACAGGCGAGACUCCCAGAAGCCAGGCUUCACAGGCAUGGUUGAUUGGAAUACCGUCGAGUUGUCAGGUUCGGACGAAAAACUGCCAGCUUCACGACCUCGGCACAAAGCUGAGGAGAGCGACGUGUCAGAGGAUGAGCUGGCAGCUGAGUCGUCCGAUGAGGAUGAGGAUGAAGAUGAAGAUGAAGAGGUGACAGAUGGGCCUCAAGCUAAGGGAAGACGGUCCGCGCGCCUCACUAAGAAGAAAAAGACAAAUUACUUCAAACAAGACUUAAUCGAGAUCGACGACGACGAUGACUCUGCUUCACAACCCCGCCGCAGAAGCACACGGCGCACUACUAGACUGCAGCCGACAAGAGGUGGGUCGCCAUCCCUGAGAUCUACCAGAUCAAAAGCCUACGAUUCCUUGCCUGAGCCUGAGAUGCUCACUCGUCGAUCUGUAAGAAACGGGUCCAAGCCACGACGGAGUAUGCGCGAGCGGCAAGAAGAUGACAUAUCGAGCUACGAAGAGGAGAAAGCAGGACCAAAAAUUGUCGGUACGAAGGAGUACUUUGCUCGAGUCCCCGAACAAGACCCUUUCAGAAGACGUCACCGGCAGGAGUGCGACAUCUGCUAUUUCAAGGGAGACGAUGCCGGCAAAGGACCACUGGUUUUCUGUCAGGGAUGCACAAACUCAUAUCACAAGGCGUGCUUGGGCCCUAGAGGCAGCCGAGAUCACCUGGUCACGAAAGUGGGCGACAGCCUCUUUGUCCUACAAUGUAGGCGAUGCAUCGGACUCGCUCAUGACCGGGACAAGCGGGCACCGCACCAUGGUGUCUGCGUUGGCUGCAAUAUUCUAGGUGAACUGUCGAAGCCCCUCCGCAACCGUCUGACCACACGUCAAGAGCAAGCGCAAAGAGAAGAAAAUGGAGGAACCGAUCCAAUCACAAUUGUUGAGCCGAAGCUCAUCAACAAUGUUGCCCAUGUUCUGUUUAGAUGUGCUCAGUGUUUCCGCGCCUGGCAUAUGCAUCAUCUUCCAGCACGACAAACGGCCGAUUCAUCUUUGGAUGACGAGGAGGAAGAUCUGGAUGAAGCGGAACUGGCGCAAAAGCGUUUCGAGCAUUAUCACCGAUCCUGGAUGUGUAAGGAUUGUAUUGAGCACCAGAAUCAAAUCGACGUUCUGGUCGCCUGGCGCCCCGUUGACCUCGAGGCCUACGUUCCCGGCACGACCGUCGAGCAAAUGGAAGAGCACGAGAAGGAGUACUUGGUCAAGUGGAAAGCUCAGUCUUACUUUCGCACCAACUGGAUGCCGGGGGCCUGGGUCUGGGGAACUGCAGCAAGCAGUAUGCGCCUAGCUUUUUUCAAGAAGCUUGAUAACCAGCUUCCCAAGAUGACCACAGCAGACGCUUUACCCGAGGAAGUCUUCCGCGUCGAUAUCGUGUUCGACGUACGAUAUACGAGUGUCGUCAGAAAUAGCACCAAGGAGAUCGAUCUUGCUCGUGUCAAGGAAGUGGAUAUGGCGUACGUCAAGUAUAAAGGACUUGGAUACGAAGACGCCAUCUGGGAGAAGCCGCCUCCUUAUACCGAUACCGAACGCUGGAACGACUUUAAGGAAGCGUAUGAAGACUACGUCAAGAAACUACACCUGUCAAUACCUCCUCAAGCCUCGUUAAGACGACACUUACAGCACAUCCAAGCACAAGAUUUCGAGUCGAACCUGAUCAAGAAGACUCAACCGUCGAUCAUGAGUGGAGGUGAACUGAUGCUGUAUCAACUCGAAGGGUUGAAUUGGCUGAUGUAUCAGUGGUUCUCGAAUCAAAAUGCCAUCCUCGCCGACGAAAUGGGUUUGGGCAAAACGAUACAGCUGGUUGCCUUCUUUGCCACCCUGGUUCAGGACCAUAAAUGCUGGCCUUUCCUCGUGGUCGUCCCAAACUCGACUGUUCCGAAUUGGCGUCGGGAGAUCAAGAAAUGGGCUCCGUCUCUCAGAGUCGUGACCUACUUCGGUUCGUCUACGGCGCGAAAGCUCAUUCACGACUAUGAACUAUUCCCGAAAUUGAAGGACGACGAGUCCCAUCACCAACAGAAGAAGAGCCGCUCAGAGGUCCGGGACAUCAAAGCUCACAUCGUCGUCACGUCUUAUGAGUCCAUUACCGAAGAGAAAACCCGGCUGAGCUUGAUGAAGAUCCCAUGGCAAGGUCUUUUUGUCGAUGAAGGACAACGUUUGAAAAGUGAUCGAUCUCAGAUUUAUGAUAUCUUGUCCAAGUUCAAGUUUCCGUUCAAAGUCCUGUUGACCGGGACUCCACUGCAGAACAACGCCCGUGAGCUGUUCAACCUGCUGCAAUUCUUGGACAAGACCAUGGUUGCUGCAGACCUCGAGGCGAAAUAUGCCAGUUUGACACAAGACAAUGUGCCUGAGCUGCAUCAGACCCUGCGCAAGUUCUUCCUGCGACGCACUAAAGCGCAGGUCUUGACGUUUCUCCCGCCCAUGGCUCAAGUCAUCAUCCCGGUCAGCAUGUCGACUGUCCAGAAGAAGGUGUACAAAUCGAUACUGGCCCGGAACCCUCAGCUCAUGAAGUCCAUCUUCAGUCAGGACCGGGCAGUGGCUAGCAAGGAACGAAUGAACCUGAACAAUAUCCUGAUGCAGUUACGAAAGACGCUGUGUCACCCCUUUGUCUACAGCCGGGACAUUGAAGAGAGAGGUGUUGAUCCUACAGUGGCUUUCAACAACCUGGUACAGGCUUCAGGAAAGUUGCAGUUGCUAUCGAUUAUGCUUCCCAAACUGCAGGAAAGAGGCCACCGAGUCCUCAUGUUUAGCCAAUUUUUGGACAAUCUGGAUGUUGUGGAAGAUUUCCUGGACGGGCUCGGCUUACAACACCGUCGGCUUGAUGGCAACAUCUCCUCUGUCGAGAAACAGAAGCGAAUCGAUGAGUUCAACGCACCGAACUCGCCAUAUUUUGCCUUCUUACUCUCCACCCGAGCUGGCGGGGUCGGAAUCAAUCUCGCGACGGCCGACACAGUCAUCAUUCUGGAUCCAGACUUCAAUCCGCACCAGGACAUUCAAGCACUGUCACGAGCUCAUCGGAUCGGUCAGAAGAACAAAGUGUUGGUGUUCCAGUUGAUGACUCGGAACAGCGCAGAAGAAAAGAUCAUGCAGAUCGGACGCAAGAAGAUGGCAUUGGAUCACGUGCUCAUCGAACGCAUGGACAAAGACGACGACGCUGGCGAGGACCUCGAGUCUAUUCUGAAGCAUGGCGCUCAGGCCCUCUUCGAGGACGAAUCAGGAGCCGACGACAUCGUCUACGAUUCGACCUCAGUGGACCGUCUGUUAGAUCGCUCGCAGAUUGAGAACACCAAGAUAAGUGAAGAGAAAUCCGCCGAAUCCCAGUUCAGCUUUGCGCGUGUCUGGCAGAACGACAAGGCUGCCUUAGAAGACGAGAUCACUGCAGAGACUGUCUCCAACACGCCCAACCCGGGGAUAUGGGAUAAGAUUCUCGCGGAGCGGGAACGCAUGUUUGCUGAGGAGCAGGCCCGGAAAGCUGAGGCUUUUGGCAGAGGAAAACGCAGACGACAGACUGUGGACUACGCCUUGGAGGAUGAUGGCGAGAAGCAUCGGCCAUCCAGCAAAGGUAGAGCUGGUUCUCACCGACCUGGUCCCCAUGAUGACGACUACCAAGCACCCGUGGAAGAAUCACACGAUGAUGAAAUCAGCUCGGAAUCCGACGCGAAACCCAAUCGCACGGUACAAGCCCGGCCGUUCAAACGAGUUCGAGUCCCGCUCGGGCCAGCACCACAUUUCAAUGGCGAUGCCCAGUUCGAUUUUGGCCCGGUCUGUCACAUGCCGCCCACCCAUCUCUGUUCGGCCUGCGGAGAAGAGCAUCCCAUGGGUUGGUGUCGUCUCAAGCUGGCAGGACUGGAAUAUUGCGGGCUCUGUGGUCUUGCACAUUUGGGCCAUGGGAGAACUUGUCCCCAUCUCAACGACGAGGCUCAAGUGGCCACCAUGAUCCAAACACUCAAAGAAAGCACCGAGGGCAGGGAGGUCGUUGAACACGCCCUCAAAUAUCUGCGCAUGGUACGCGGUGACCUUCUCAGUCGGAAGCGAGCUCGAGAGCGGAAGGAGCUGGAGGCUCUUGAGAAACAACGACGGCAACAACAAUCACAUCAACAACCUCCUCCUCCAAUGCGGAGGACUAUGUACGAACCUUGA